CGCAAAAUUACAUCCCCUCUCACCUCUCUCCCCUCCCCCUCCUCGCUCUGGCUUUUCUCUGUGAUGUACCGGACAUCCAUCGCAAGUGUAUUGAAGUCCACCUCCACUCCCAAAGCCUCCUUCUCUGGGUGUGGAACAACACUUCUCCUCACCUCAUCUUUCUCUUCCUUCCAAACACUUGCAUUCCCCGAUCCUCCUCCUCCUCCUCCACUGCCACCCAUCUCCAACUCCCUCCCCUCGCUCCUCCCUCUCUCCCUCAACCCUUCCAACACCACCGUCGACCUCAUCUGCUCCCGUCUCAAGCAUCAUCAUCAUCAUCAUCACAACCACCAACCCAUCCCCCCUCUCCAUUUAAAACAGGAAGCCCACCUCCUCCCUUAUCUCGGCCCCCAAGAUAUCUCUCGCGUCCUCCUCCGCUCCCAGUCCCUCCCCCUCCCCUCCUUCCACUUCUUCCGAUGGGCCCAAUCCCAUCUCACCCCGCCCCCCGCCCCCGACAGCUACUGCAUCCUUGCCCACAUCCUCACCUGGUCCCGCCGCUUCUCCCACGCCCUCCAAAUCCUCGCCCAGCUCCUCCAAACCCACCCCCACCUCGACGCCUUCCAAGCCCUCGUCGCCUCCUCCGCCGCCGGCUGCAACUGGGAUCCCGCCGUCUUCGGCAUGCUCGUCAAGGUCCAGGUCAAGCUCGGCAGAAUCGCCGACGCCCUCGACACCUGCCGCCGGGCCAUCCACCUCGGCUUCGCCCCGGACGCUAAUGCCUUCAACUGCCUCCUAAACUCCCUGGUGAGAUCCAAUCGCCUUGGCCGCUGCUGGGAUGUCUAUGGGGAGAUGAGGAGGAUCGGAGUCUCCCCCAACUCGUACACGUUCAAUAUACUUAUCCAUGCGCUGUGCCGCGGCGAGGAGGACGCUGGCAAGGCGAGGGAGUUCUUGGAGGAGAUGGAGUUGGAAGGGUUCGAUCCCGAUGUGGUCACGUACAAUACUCUGAUCGACGGGUACUGCACGAGGGGCAGAUUGGACGACGCCUUCUAUCUGUACCGGAUCAUGUACCGCAGACGGGUCGAGCCUGAUUUGGUCUCCUACACGGUUCUGAUGAAUGGGCUGUGCAGGUAUCGGAAGGUGGUGGAGGCGCACCAGUUGUUCAACAGAAUGCUUCAGAGAGGUUUGAGCCCGGAUGGCUACUCGUACGGUGUUCUUAUCCAAGGUUACUGUAAAGAAGGUCGAACGAGGGAGAUGAGGUCGUUGCUGCAGGAGAUGAUUUCGGACGGUUUUAUGCCGGAUAGCUUCACUUGCAGAGUGAUCGUGGAAGGACAUGUAAAGUGUGGGAGAUUGCUUCCUUGUCUGAACUUAAUUGCGCAGCUCAGGAAGCUUGGGGUUGUUAUCUCAUUUGAUGUGUAUCAAUGCCUUUUGGAAGCGCUGUGCAUGGAGAAGAGGCCUAAUGCGGCGAGGAAUCUGUUGAGUUGGUUGCUAGAUGAUGGGCAUGAGCCCACUCUAGAGAUUUAUAACUUGCUUAUCGAUUCCUUUUGCAAUUGUGAUGGUAUAUCAGAGGGUUUUGAUUUAAAGAAUGAAAUGAUUGACAGAUGUAUCAGGCCUGAUCGGGAUAUGUAUCGGAUCCUUAUAAGCUGCCUUUGUAGAUUAGGUAGAAUUUUGGAGGGUGAAUGCUUGAUGAUGGAGAUGAUUGAGUUCGGUCUUAAGCCAGAUUCUGCUAUAUGUUCUGCCUUGGUUUGUGGGUGCUGCAAGGAAAGAGAUUUUAUUAAAGCAGAAUCACUCCUGAAGUACUUUGCAGAAAGGUUUCAGAUUUAUGACAACAAAUGUUACAAUGCUCUAAUAAGGCUAUACUGUGAGGAGAGGCAGAUGAGUGAGACAUUGGAGCUGCAGGACAGGAUGGUUAAACUGGGUUUUGUGCCGAAUGGGGAGACAUGCAAGUCUUUGAUCUAUGGACUAUCAAGAAGUCAUAGUUGUGGAUAAGUCUAGGGUUAGAAUUUCAACUUGAUCAAUCAUAUACCUGAAGAAAGAAAAUUUCAGAUGGCUAUAGAAGAACUUGUACAUCAGAAUAAUCGGAAAAUAUUCUUUUCUCAUUGUUUGGGAUGGGUAACACAGAGGGCUCCACUUCUGAAUUUUUGCUGACAAAGAAAAUGGAACUCCUUCCAUCUAUUGUAGAAAGAGGAUGUGGUUUUCGUUCUUCACUAAUUUAUCUGACAGUCUCCAGGAAAAUCUUGUUGAGUGAGCCGAAAGGUGCCGCAUGUCUUUCGUCUUGGGGAUGAUAAUGUGACUCAGACUUGGAGAGAGAGAGAAGAAUUUUGCUUUGAUCUGCCCAGCAGUUGAUGGCUUUCGGACACCGUCACCGUUGCUGGGCCUUCGGAUUGUGAGUAAGCAAGUUUUUUCUCAAUCUUUUAUCUAGGACUAAGUACCUCAAGUCUCAUUCUAAUGGGACCUAUACGCACAUAAAUUCCGACCCUAGAGAAAAUUUUAGUUUCCAAAUAGCAAAAUGUUCUAUUGUUCUUUCUUGCAGCAAAGGUGAGAGAAGGAAGAGUAACAAAA